AAUGUCAAAUGUUAAUACAUUGUCAAAAAAUAUAGGUUAUGAUAUCAAUUUUAGAAACGAAUUUGUAAAAUUAAAACUGCAUUACUUAAAUAAUUUAUUUUAUUAACUAUAAUUAGUUUACUGUUUCAUGAACUAGGUAUACAAAGUCGUGUUUUGAGUAGUUUGUGAUAGCGAUCGCUAUGGCUCUAACAAAUAGAGCAUUAUUGCAGACUUCUGCUCCGUUACUAUUUACCAGACGAUUUCGUGGCAAAAUUAAUGUACAGAAACCUCGCAAGCCACAUUUUGGAAGGCAAAUUUUAAUUGAUAUAUCUAAGCCAUUUUUUGGCCCACCAAAGUACAUGUUGCCUGAAAUUGUUAAAUGCGAGAAAGCAAAAGAUACAUUUGGAAGGAAGGAGAUAGACAAUCCCUUUGAAAGGAUAUUGGCUAAUGAAUGUCUUAAUUGGUUCAAUACAUCUAAAAUGGUUAUAUUUUUACAUGUCAAUUCCAUUAGUAUGGAGGACCAAACUCCAAUCUUUGCAGCGUUGAAGAAAAAUGACAUGCAUUUAAGAACAUACGGAAAGAAAAUUGUUGGUAUGGCCACAAAAGGUACUCGUUAUGAGGCAGUCAAUCAACUUUUUACUUCACACCAAAACAUUAUAUUUGGCCAGCCAGAAAAUGCUGCAAAGAUGUUUAAAAUACUUAAGAAAACACCACAGUUAGUUAUAAUGGCUGGCAUAAUUCAAGAUAAGUUAUUAUCUAAAAAUGAUUUGGUUGAGUUCAGUAAACUCCCAAGUCUGGAUUUGGCGAGGAGUCAACUUUGCUCUGUUCUCCAAAGUGCAGGCUCCUGUCUUGUUGGACAGCUCAACCAGAAUCAACAGAUACUGGUAUCACAUCUUGAAAAGCAUAUAUCAAUACAAAAUAGUCCUAUUACAGAAGAUAAUAAGGCAGAUGCUAAAGUAGAGGAUAAGACAGAUGCUAAUGUAGAGAGUUGAAUUGAGAAUGUAUGAUAUGAUAAGGCUGGAGACAUACUUACAACAUGCUGUCUGAUGUGACAUGUAUCAAGUCUGUCAAAAAUGCAACUACAAUGGAAUGGAAUUGCAAGCUUUACAUAGUAGGCGUGUUAUAAGUGUGUGAGGGUCUUUGUUAACAUUGAUGUAAUUAGGGAUAGUUGUUUUAAGAAAAAUAUACAAAUUAUAAAUGAUU